AUGUCGUCGAACACUUCCCCGAUCUUCAGCGACUAUGGCUUCGAUCCCCAAAUCGACUACUUCCAGGUUUUGGAAGAAGCGAGAAAGCACAAGAAAGAAACAUCAACCAUCGACAGUAUUCAUCAAUUCAAGCUCCAAAAACCUAUCUCCAAGGACGAACUGAUACGUACCGCUCUCCACAAGAAGAACAAGAAACAUCGUUGGUUCUUGAAAAACCCUUUGCUCUUCUUCAACUGGCGUAAAUGGCGAAGACGCGACGUUGAGGGAGACAUCAAUGAGUUUAACGAUCGUGACGUUCACAUGGCGAGGGCUAGGAAUUUUCGGGCUGCUUCGAUGUCUGGUCCGGUUUACGUGACGGAGAGCUUGACCGGUUCGAGCACGCCGUACCGAGAGAUAAGACCUCCUUCGUUGACAACGGUGACGCCGGUGGUUCCGUAUCUGAGUCUACGGGAGCUUAACAUGGAGAGGCAGCAGAGAAUCAGUGCCUCUUCUAUGUCUGGUCCUCUUUACUUGGUCACGUGAUAAUA